AUGACCAAGAAGGCCUCUGUGGAAUGCAACUUCUGCCAUGGUGUUUACAUUGGUGGUAUUACUCGAAUGAAGUACCACCUUGCAAAUGUCAAGUGUCAAAAUGUCGUUUUGUGCCAACAAGUUCCAGCUGAUGUGAAGCAAGAGAUGAGGGAGCUGAUCUCAAGGAAAGAUGAAGCAAAGGAAAAGAAGGCAAGGGAAUCAGCAAUAUGCGGAAGUGAUGUCAAUUUGGAUGCAAAUGAUGCUAGGGCUGCUGAUGAAGAUGACAUCUUGGGCGGUGGUAGUGGGGGUGGUUUGCUUGUAUUAUUAGGGAAACGACAGAGUAAGGGCAACACAUAUGGUUCUAUGGAUAAGUUUCGCACCAAGUCAACAGAAGAGGUUGUGACCGCAAGGAAGGGGGAAGGCUUUUCUACAAAGUUGCAAACCAAGUUGUCCACUCAAAGAAGGGAAGAGAGGCGGGUUCGUGCUUGUGAGUAUGUUUGUCAGUUCUUCUAUGAAGCCGGAAUUGCCCACAAUGCAGUCUUGCUUCCAAGCUUUGAACUUAUGCUUGAAGCGGUUGGAGCGUUCGGGACAGACAUGAAAGGCCCCACUCCUUAUGAAAUGGGUGGCCCUUACUUACAUAAGAGCAAGAAGACGGUCGAGGAAGGAUUUGCUGGACAUAAAGAAGCAUGGAAGCUCACUGGAUGUACCGUCACGACAGAUGCAUGGACAGACAAAAGAGGAAGGGGAGUGAUGAAUUUGGUAGUUCAUAGUGCCUAUGGCGUUGUUUUUGUUGAUUCUGUGGACUGUCCAGAUGUGAGAAAAGAUGCCAAGAUGAUAUUUGAUCUUGUUGAUAGAUGCAUAGAAGAAAUUGGGGAGAAGAAUGUCGUUCAAGUUGUAAUGGAUAAUGCCUCAGUCAAUAUAGCAUCAGCAGUGAUGAUGAAAGUGAAGCGUCCCUCCCUAUUUUGGAAUGGUUGUGCAGCCCACACAAUUGAUUUGAUGUUGGAGGACACAAGGAAGCUUCCUAUAAUCGAACAAACCAUUGCCAAAGGGAAGGUUGUGACUGUGUUCCUUUAUGCGCAUACAAGUGUUUUGGCAUUAAUGAGAAAAUUUCUUGGAAAAGACCUAGUCCACUCUGGUAUUACUUGGUUUGCAACAACAUAUUUGAACUUGAAGAGCUUGCAGGACAACAAAAAAGAGCACCACCUAAAAAAGGCAAAGGGGAAGAACGCAGCUAAAAUCAUUCGCUCUGAAACUUUUUGGAAAGCAGUAGAUACCGCUGUCAAUUUCUUUGAGCCAAUGGCAAAUCUUUUGAGGAGGAUGGAUAGCGAUGUUCCGGCAAUGGGUUUUAUGCAUGGUUGUAUGUUGGAUGCAAAGAAAGAGAUCUCCGUGAGGUUUGACAAUGACAAGUCUCGCUUUCUGGAAGUGUGGGACAUCAUUGACAAGAGAUGGGACAACAAGUUGAAGACUGCAUUACAUAUGGCUUGA